ACGGAGGCGGCUGAUCACAGCUGGGCGUGGGCUCCCGGGGCCUGGGAAAGGCCGGCCCGGGUAGGGAACAGUUAAUCAGAAGUGUGCCGCGCUCCCGGUGCACAUUACAACAAAGGGCUGGCAGCUCCUGGAGGAAAAGGGCUGGUGAGCUGCGCUCAGACUUGUCAGUCAGCGGGAGCCAGCAGCCGGGCGCUGCCUCCAGCACCCUCAUUACAGGUCUGAGGGCCGAGCGGCACAUCUGCUCCCAGCCGCUCCCGCCGCCUGCUCGCCGCUUCGCCCAGGCGCCGACCGCGGUCCUGCUGCUCCCGUCGCCCCGGCUGCUCUCCCCAGCGAGGCUCCUGAUUUAUGGUCGCUUGGGGCUUCCUGCGGCGUCCGCGCGUCCCUGACUUCCAGAAUGGAAGAGGCUGAGCUGCUGAAGGAGAGACUCCAGGCCAUCACAGAUAAAAGAAAAAUACAGGAAGAGAUCUCCCAGAAGCGUCUGAAGAUAGAGGAAGAAAAACUAACGCACCAGCACUUGAAGAAAAAGGCCUUGAGGGAGCGCUGGCUGCUGGAUGGAGUCGGCAGUGGGGAGGAGCAGGAAGAGAUGAAGAGGCAAAAUCAGCAAGACCAGCGCCAGACCCAGGUCCUGGAGCAAAGUAUCCUCAGACUUGAAAAAGAGAUCCGAGAUCUCGAAAGGGCAGAACUGCAAAUCUCAACUAACGAAGAGGCAAUUUUAAAGAAACUAAAAUCAAUCGAGAGGACAACAGAAGACAUAAUAAGGUCUGUGAAGGUGGAAAAGGAAGAAACAUCAGAAGAGUCAAUUGAAGACAUCUAUGCUCAUAUCCCCGACCUUCCAAAAUCCUAUGUACCUUCCAGAUUAAGGAAGGAAAGAAAUGAUGGAAAAGAAGAUGAUGAACAGAAUAGAAAAGCUCUGUACGCCAUGGAGAUCAAGGUGGAAAGAGACCCGAAGACUGGAGAAAGCACGGUGCUGUCCUCCAUCCCGCUGCCCUCCGACGACUGCAGGGCGGGGGUGAAGGUGUACGACGACGGGCGCAGGUCGGUGCACGCGGUGGGCCCGGGCCGCGGGCCGGCGCUCAACGGCACGGCCGGCCUGGCGCCCGCCGAGGUGGAGGAGCUGCUCCGGCAGGCCUCGGAGCGGCGCUCCAGGUCCCCCACGCAGUUCCACGAGCCGGUCUUCGCCAACCCGUUCUGCAGGCCCGCCACGCCGCAGAGAGAGAAGGCACCUCCCGGCCCAAACUUUCACGAAAGGAUCAAGAUGAAAGCGAACGGACUGGCGAGUGGCAGGGACGACCUUGGACACCACGUGGACAACGGGCUUUCGGAGGAGCGGGGCACCAGCCCGACUGGCGUCAGCCCCGCUCGGCCGGUCCCGCAGCCCCGAUCCAGCACUCAGCGCGCAGAGACACCCCGCGCCCCCCACCAGAGGCUGCCGGCUCCCUGGGAAGGGUCGGAUGGCACGCGGGACCGGUGCACGCCCUCCCCGCAGGCCAGGCGCAGCCCCAGAGAAGUGCCCAUGGGGAGCUCCGAAUGCCAGGGCCCUGCCCCUCCUCACCAGGAGGAGGAGGAAGAUGUGAGAUACAACAUCGUCCACUCCCUGCCUUCUGACAUGGAUGACGCGAAACCCGUGACCAUGAUUUUCAUGGGGUACCAGCAGGCAGACGACGAAGAGGAAAAGAGGCUCCUGACGGGGUACGACGGAGUCAUCCACGCUGAGCUGGUUGUCAUUGAUGAGGAAGAGGAGGGGGACGGGGGCGCUGAGAAGCCAUCCCCCCAUCCCACAGCGCCCUGUCCUCAGGUCUACCAGCCUGUCAGACCAACACCACUGCCUAGGAAGAGAACAGAGGUCAGCCCCCAUGAAAACACACACCACCCUUCUCCCCACAAAAACUCCAUAUCCCUGCAAGAGCAAGAAGCAAGCUUGGGCAGCCCUGCCUGCCGCUCGCCUCUCGGUGCUCAGAUGGCUGGAGAUGGGACGGAGGAUCCAUCCCUAACAGCUUUAAGGAUGAGAAUGGCAAAACUGGGGAAGAAAGUUAUCUGAGAGGCGUGCCAUCGACCUGAAUAUCCUUCGGGGAAGAAACUAAGACAUGUUUGCCACUUUCUCUCCUCAAUAUUUUAUUUCUUUUCUUGCAAUCCAAAAAAAAUUGUAAUUAUACCCAUAGUAAGCCAUGUGAAUAAGUAGUAGUCAUUAUUUGUACAAAGCAAAAUGUUGCAACCAAUCUGGGAGAACGGACGUUCAACUUUUCCAGUUACUUGACGUGAUUCGGUGGGGAGAAAACCAGCAUAUUUUUAUUGUAUUGAUACCAAAGCAUUUCUAGUAAGAGCUUGUUAAAUUUAAGAAUAAAGUUAUUUAAAAUAGCCUGACUAUAUUCUAUUAGUUGAUGUUGUAAUUUUGCUAACACAAAUGAAAGAUCAUAGGAGACCACUGCCCCUCCUCACAGGAAUAUUCAUCUUUGACUCUGACAAGGAAACAUGCCUUAAGACAACCACAUCCUCCCACUGAGGACCCAGUCAGAGGACUC